AUGGUUGACCCGGUGCAGUUGAUCCUGAGGAUAGCCUACUAUUACUCGCGGGUCCUUGGGGUGCUCAACUUCGAGAUUAAUGUGGAGACAGGACUGGCUCGAAUCACGAGUCGAGCAUCGAUCUAUGCCAUCCUGGCAAAUGGACUAGUCGUUAUCCUGCUGAUUAGUAUAAGUAACGGACUUCGAGUAAUGCGACUGUUCACACAAGCAGGACAUAUGCAUGAGUACCUGUACCUGGUUGUGCAUGGAGUGCGAUUUACCAGCCUGGUGGCAACGCUGUUCAAUCGCUGGUGGCAACGCCGCCGACUCAUUCAACUGGUGAAUGGACUUCGACGCCUGGCCAUACGGAAACCAAAUGUUAUGCGAUUUUGGCGUCGUGGCAUCAUUUACAAAACGAUAACAUAUCUCCUGCCAGAAAUUGUGCAGGUUGUAUUAACCCUAAUGUAUCUGUGGCCAUAUCUGACGAGUGGCCUGGCCCUCGACAGCGUUGGGCUUUACUUGCUGGCAAUUCUUGUCAAUUUGACAGUCACACACUAUUUCUUUGCCGUACUAAAUGUGCACAGCCACUAUGCUCUGCUCAACCAGGAGAUUGAGUCAGUAUUCGCUGAGAUUUGCUCCCUGGAGCAUGUACAUCGCAGGGCCACAGUCAUGAGUAAGUGCUGCUCUCUCGCUGACCAACUGGAGGGUAUAGCACUAACACAAUCCGAGCUGCAAUCGCUAAGCGAGACCAUGCUCCAAACUUUUGAAAUACAGGGACUGUGUAUUUUUAUCCAUACGUACACGACCAUUGUGACCGCUAUCUAUUAUAUGUUUUCCACCAUUAAACAGAACAUUGAUAAGGAAUGGAAUUUCUUCUUCAUCUUUGUGUAUAUCUUCCAAGUAUUUUUCUACUUUGCCGAUUGUCUAGUCACCAUCAGCAAUGUUCUCUUUGUCCUGGAUAAUCAUUCAAAAAUGGUCGAGCUGAUGGAACACUUUUCAACAAUCUCUCCGGGACUCGAUGAACGGCUGGAGACGGUUAUCGAGAGCUUUCAGCUUCAGCUGAAGCGCAAUCCUCUCAAAAUUUCCAUACUUGGUCUUUAUAAUGUGGAACGAUCGAAUGUGAUGUCUAUAAUCAGUUCAUUGGUAAUCAACUCUUUGGUUCUCAUUCAAUAUGAUUUACAAUACAAAAUUGUCUCGAAAGAACUAAGUCUUUAA